UUGGCACAGUCCCAGCCCGUGGCCUGCAAGCACGGAAUUCUCAGGAAACAGUACCGGCUCUCCUGAGUAUGUGAAAUCCAUGAUGCGCACGUACUCGAGUCCGACGACCGAAAAGGCUUCUCGAAUCAGGUUGGAAAGCGGCGGAACGGGUUGAUGGACCCCGGCGUCGUGCGCUGGCAUGCUUGCCGACGCGGACGCGAUGGGCUGUCCGAGACGGUUAGCUGAGGCGGAGGUAAGUGAGCGCAGCAUGGCCGCAAGGGUGGAUACGCAAGAUGCGCAGUGCGGGAAGUCGGGCUCGGUUGAGACUUUGAUCAUGAGAGCUCGCCAGGUCUGGUCGCCUUCGAUGCGUGCAAGCGGGAUGUUCGAGCCGUUCGUGAAGGACGCGGCAGCGACACUGAGGGCGAGAAGUGCUGUCAGAUGAUGCGCAACGAUGCUCGAGAAGUCAUGUACUUACCCAUGCG